AUGCGCAGGCCACGGCAGCCAAAGCGAGAGUACAUACAGACGACGAAAUCACCUGGUUUGCGACACAUCCCGUCCCUUCUCUCGAGGAAGACCAGGACGCCGCUGCGGGCCAUUUGUCAUGCGACAGCGCCAGCCAACGACACCCAUGAUGAUGCUCACGACGUCAUCCCUCGCGCUCCUGAGGAGAGCAGCCCUGCCGCUGCUUCUCCUCCUCUUGUCUCAGGCGCUGCUCGCCUCGAGCAGCGCAGACUUUGUCGUCCAGGGCGACAGCGUCGCCUUCAACACGACGGCCGACGCCCACGCCGCCGUGCUGCCGCCGAGCCGGGACCCGUGGUACAGCGCCCCGCCGGGCUGGCGGCUCACCCGGCCCGGCAGCGUCCUGCGGGUGCGGCACGCGCCGCUCAUGGCCUUCGCCGUCCCGUCGGCCUGGACGGCCUACCAGGUGCUCUUCCGCACGACCGACAGCCACUUCGACCCGACGUGGGCGGUGACGACGCUCUUCGUGCCGCGGCCGGGCCCGCGCGCGGAGCGGCAGAAGGGCAGAAAGGGAGGGUACUACAGCCGCCACGAGGCGCUGGUGUCGUACCAGCUGCCCUACGACUCGUGCAACGUCGACGCGAGCCCGAGCUUCGCGCUGCGGAUGGGCGAGCCGUACGGCGAGAUCGGGCUCGCGCUGCGCAGGGGCUGGUUCGUCGCCGUGCCGGACUACGAGGGCCCCAAGGCGAGCUUCACGGCCGGGGGGAUGGCCGGGCACGCGACCAUCGACGGCGUGCGGGCCGUGCUGCAGGGCGUGGGGCCGGCGUUCGGGCUCGGCGGCGGGCAGCCCACGCGGGUCGCGCUGUGGGGGUACUCGGGCGGCGCGCUGGCGAGCGAGUGGGCGGCCGUGGCCGAGAUGCACCGUUAUUGACACCACCCUUGGUCUUUUUACCACCCACAGAACUGGCCGUGCAGUACGCGCCGCACAUGCGCUGGGCGGGCGCCGCGCUGGGCGGGCUGACGCCCAACGUCUCGAGCGUGGGCGCCCUCAUCAACCGCAAGGACACGGCGGGCCUCAUGCCGGCGGGGCUCAUCGGCAUGGCGAGCCAGCACCCGGACGCCUGGGCCUGGCUGAUGCGGCGCCUCAAGACGACGGGCCCGCACAACGCGUCGACCUUCCUGGCCGCCUCGCGGCUGACGGGCGUGCAGGCGGCCGCGCUGUUCGGCUCGCAGAACAUCUUUGACUACUUCGUCGGCGGCGCGGCGGACCUCGCCGCGCCCGUGAUGCGGCGCAUGCUCGACGACGACGGCGUCAUGGGCUACCACGGCACGCCGCCCAUGCGCGUCUUUGUGUACAAGGCCGUGGGCGACGAGCUCUCGGCCGUCGCGGAGACGGACGCGCUGGUCGCGCGGUACUGCGGCAACGGCGCCGACGUGCUGUACCACCGCAACGGGGCGGGCGGGCACGACGCCGAGCUGUUCAACGGGCAGGGCGGGGCGCUGGCGUUCCUGGACGAGGUGCUCGAGGGCGCGGCCGACUGGCGGGGGCGGCGCGGCGGGCCCGGCGUGCAGGCCCGGUGCGAGGUGCGGAACGUGACGGUCAACGUCGCGCCCAAGUGGCUGCCUCGGCUGUUCUUUGCGUGGAACUACUCUUGA